AGUGAAUUGAAGGCCGAAAGUGGUAAGACAGUGUUUGCCCCGUUCUUCCAGAGUUGGUGUUCUUUGUGGGCAGGUCCCAAACAAACAAGGAGUGAUUGUAAUGGUUGUGGUAGAAGCUUCAAAGCUAACCCUCCCAAACCCUAGUUCCCUCUCUUCUCCUCACACAACCUCAAUCCUCUUUGAACCCUCUUCACUCUCCCUUGCCCUCACUCACUCUGAUUCCUCUCUCUCUCUCUACCCUUCUUUUUCCCAAUCCCAAUCCCAAUCCCAAUCCCUUGCACAACCACACACCCUAAUCCCAUCCCCUUCAUCUUCCUCUACCUUCCUUCUCCUCCAGUCCCCUUCAAACCCUAAUUCCACCCCCAAUGUCCUCUUCCUCGUUUCUUCCCCUCACCGUGCCGGUUCUCAAAUCCUCCUUCGCUUCUUCAUUCUCCAUAGACACACCAAUUCCUUCGCCGCAUUGCCACGUGUCCUCUGCUCCCACAAGGACCUUCGCUUCGAACCCAAAUUAGGGGUUCUUCUCGAUUCCAAGCAUGGCGUCUCCGUUAAGCUCGCCGGUUCCGUUAAUUACUUCGCGUUGUACUCCGUUUCGAGCUCGAAGGUUUGGGUGUUCGCCGUUAAAACAGACAAUGACGAUGAUGGUUGGUGCUUGAAGUUGAUGAGGUGUGCUGCGAUUGAAUGCUCCAGGCCGGUUUGGUCCGUUAGUGUUUCCUUCGGGUUCUUGCUUCUCGGCGAGGAGAAUGGGGUCAGGGUUUUUGGAUUGCGGCGGCUCGUCAAAGGAAGGGGUGGGAAGAGGGUUGGGGGUUCGAGGCAGGUUCGGAAUGGCGGUGGUGGCCGCGGGGAGCGAGGUGGGAAGUGCUCUGGUGGAGAAGGGGUUGCGGAGGUGGUGAAUUUCAAUGGUGAUUUGGAGGGGAGAAUUGAAAAGCAUGGUGUUGCUGGUAGGAUAUGGGUGCGAUACAAGGUGCUGUCCUUUGUUUUAUCCCAAGAUUUUUUAGAUGUGAAGCAGACAAAUGUUAAAUUUAAAUAUGACAACAGAUAUGGAGGUUCGUGUUUUGUAGCAUUGAAGAGGAAUGAGGUUGAAACAAAAUCCACAAUGAAGGUAUCGAUAUCUAUAAAGGCUAUUUCCAUUCAAGCUGUGUCCCAGAAGAUGUUUCUAAUCUUGGACUCACAUGGAGAUCUACAUUUGCUAUGCCUGUCAAAUUCUGGCAUAGGAUUUGAUAUCGCUGGUAGUAUGAGGCAACUACCACAUGUUAUGAAAGUCCAAGGUCUGGCUGUUCUUCCUGAUGUAUCUACUAUUUCUCAGACUAUCUGGAUAUCAGAUGGAUGCCAUUCUGUCCACAUGUUCACUGCAAUGGACAUGGAGAAUGCUUUAAAUGAAGCUGAUGGAAAUGAUUGUGGUGAAAAGCUUAUCCGUCUUCCAGCUAUUCGAGUUCUUUUCUCCAGUGAGAAGAUCCUAGAUAUCAGUUCUCUAGCUUCAAAUUCUGUCUUGAUUCUUGGACAAGGAAGCUUAUAUGCAUAUGCAAUUUCCUGAAGUUGCUUUGAUUAUGUUUAUCUUUUUCAGUGGAAAUCAAUAUUCCUGGCUCCCUUGACAUUCUAAACUGUACUUGUGUAUGUGGUUCAUCGAUAAUUUCCAUCUGUCAUUUCAGGUGCUCUGGUUGCCCUUGCUUCGCAUUGCAUCCCUAAGAUACUGGAGAUUCUGAAAGAUCGACAGGAUCAUUGGUCUGGUAAUAUCCGUGGAGUUCUGUAAUAUUGGUGCUGUGAUUGUCAACAUUUUAAAGCCACCUGUCCUGCAAAACCUGUUAUAAUUAAGCUGCAGGAGUACAUACCUCCAACAACAAAAUUGUUGGUUGUUCAUCCAACUUGUUUGAUGCUCAUCUUCUGGAGGUUGGCUGAAAUCAUGUUUUUCUGCCGUAAACUGAACAAAAUUUGAUUGGAAAGGCAUGGUCUUGGCAAUCGGGUUGCUACACUUGUUGGAAGUGAUUAUUCAAUUGCAAUUUUCUUGUUAUUGAUGCAGCAGUAACAUUUGUCACCUAUUAUGUUUUGUUUUCUUGACUUGACAAUCUCGACGCUUUUAAUAUUUCACCUAUAAAUUAUGAUGAAUUUAUGUUCAGGUUUGACUCCUGUUGGAAUUCUUUGG